UGCGUGCGUUUUCGCACAUUCGCGGCACAAAACAUGGCGAUGACUAUGAGCCAAACGGAUGUUGGAGUGCAGCAGAAAGAAGAGGGAGAUGAGGACGACCAUUCCUUGUCCAGAUCAGACAGUAGCGAGGAUUCUCUCGAUGGCCUGAUGGAGCAUGGAUGUCCCCUCACCCCCUCUUUGUCACCACGGAAACGGAGCACCAGCCAGAGCAAAACGGAGCCUCCGCUUCUGAGGACAGAUAAAAGGACAAUAUACACUGCGGGACGUCCACCCUGGUAUAACGUUACUGGGACCACCUUUAAAGAAGCUUUUGUCAUAGGUUUGUGUGGAGGUAGCGCCUCUGGGAAAACCACUGUGGCCAAUAAGAUCAUAGAGGCUCUAGAUGUUCCUUGGGUUGUUCUGCUCUCCAUGGACUCUUUCUACAAGGUUUUGAAUAAAGAGGAGCAGGAGUUGGCGGCUAAGAACGAGUACAACUUUGAUCAUCCCGAUGCUUUUGAUUUCGAGCUGCUGGUUACUGUGUUAAGGAAACUAAAGAAGGGCAAGAGCAUCAAAGUGCCAGUUUAUGACUUUGCAACCCACAACCGCCGUAAGGAGUGGAAAACAGUUUAUGGAGCCAAUGUUGUGAUUUUCGAGGGAAUUUUGGCCUUUGCAAACAAAGAGCUUUUAAAGCUGCUAGACAUGAAGGUGUUUGUGGACACAGACUCUGACAUCAGGCUGGUCAGGCGACUGAAAAGGGACAUCACAGUGCGCGGGCGUGACAUCGCGGGUGUCAUUAAACAGUACAACAAGUUUGUCAAGCCAGCAUUUGAGCAGUACAUCGAGCCCACUGUGCAGGUUGCAGAUAUUGUGGUUCCAAGAGGUGGUGAGAACUUUGUAGCUUUGGAUCUGAUUGUUCAGCACGUCCACAGUCAGCUUGAAACGAGGAAACUCCGCUGGGAUAUAUCUGCCCUGGCGUCCGCUCAUCAGGGUCAACCUCUUCCCAAGACCCUGAGCGUUAUGGAGAGCACCCCACAAGUUAGAGGAUUGCACACGAUUAUCAGGAAUAAAGAAACCAGUCGGGAUGAAUUUAUUUUCUAUUCCAAGAGAUUAAUGAGGCUGCUUAUAGAACACGCCCUGUCCUUCCUGCCGCUGAAGCCGGUGUCUAUUGAAACUCCACAAGGAACUGUAUAUGAAGGAAGGAGGCUGAGCGGGAAAAGGAUCACUGGCGUGUCCAUUCUGCGGGCAGGAGAGACCAUGGAACAGGCCUUGAUGGCAGUUUGUAAGGACAUCCGACUCGGAAAGAUCCUCAUCCAGACCAAUCACGACACGGGAGAGCCUGAGCUUCAUUAUCUGCGUCUGCCCAAGGACAUCACUGAAGACUAUGUCAUACUGAUGGACAGCACAGUAUCAACAGGAGCAGCAGCGCUCAUGGCUGUCAGAGUUUUGCUUGAUCACGAUGUCCAGGAGGACAAGAUCUUCCUGCUUUCUCUGCUCAUGGCGGAGAUGGGCGUCCAUUCAGUGGCCUACGCCUUUCCCAAAGUGCGUAUCAUCACCACUGCUGUGGACAAGAAUGUCAGCGAUGAGUUUCAUAUUAUUCCAGGGAUUGGUAAUUUUGGGGACCGUUACUUUGGAACUGAUGCUCCUUCUGACUGGUAUGAAAGUGAUGAGGGGAUGGACUACUAAACUCACUGAUCGACCGUGUAUCUGCAUGCGUCAAAGGAGGGAAUAUUUAAGCACUUAAUCUCAUCUGAUUGUGGACCCAUCUCUCUGGCCUGUAUAAGCAUACGCCUCAGCCUCUUUUUGGCGGUCAGAAAUCAAAAAUUUCUCAAAUUGCCCAAGUGACUGGAAAGAAAUGCUGGUGUUAAGCUUGAGCUGGUGUGCUUAAGUGGCACUCCACUAUUUCUCUAUGGCAUACUAUUAUAGCACUACUAUUUUUCCAAUAGCACAGUAUAUACACGUGCAUUUACACUGGUGGACCAAAUUGUCAUACCAUGUUAGUAUAUACAGUAUGCUUCAUCAAUCAGCCUAAUAAUAGCCUGACUAUAUUGAUGCAGUUUUGAUAUAGGUGCAGAAUGUUACUAGCUUUUUAUAGUAGCCCAUGCACAAGCAGCGAAUUUAAAGAUUUGGUCCAUAAAGUUGUUUACUGCAGUUCUCUCAGACUGCAAAAACUCACAAGAUAUCUACUGUUUGUUGUACUGUACGUUCAUUUGUAUUGAUUGGUGCAUUAGCUCAAACAGAUGAUAGGUGCCAAACAAUACAUCGGUCAAUAUCUACCUGUUAUUGUGCUUGUGUGAAAAUAUCAAAAAUUUAACAAGAGACUUUAGUUGAUACGAGAUGAUGUACAAAGGAUAAAUAUUUCUUUUUGUUUUCAUAAUGCAUUACAGUACCACAGGGAACAAUAUCAGGGUAAUAGUUUAUGCUUUGUGGCAGCCAUUGUCCGGGUUAUGUACUUGAAUUUUAAAGUGUAGAUAAUGUGUAUUUAUUUUUCAUUGGUUUGCCCGGUGCCUGGUUAAUUGGAGAUUUUGAUAGAUUAGCAUCGACAAAAGCGUUCGAAUAGUUAUUUGUGGAUAUUUUUGGAGGUCUGUUAUUAACAUCUGAACCAAUACAUAGAUAGAAGCGAUUGCUUCUUGUUAAACUCCACUGUUACAUCUAAGGCAAAUAAAAUGGUUUUGUUGCCUUUAUUGGGUCUUUGUAUAGAAAAUGUGUCAAUAUACUUUACUUAUUUAAUUAAAUUAAAUAGAAAAUUGA